GCCGGUCGGUGGUGCUUGGGGCGGGUUGGUCGGUGGUCGGUGCGGGUCGGUGGUGCUGGGGGCCUGUCGGUGUUGCUUGGGGCAGGGGCGGCAGAAGGUCAGAGUUGCUUUCCUUCCGAUGACGAAGCAGCCCUAUAAGGGCACAUUCAUCAUGGGCCUGCCCGGAAUUGGAGACGCACUUGCACAGAUACCAAUCACCGCUGAAUGCUGUGUGCCAGAGAUUUCCCUUGCCUCAAACUGGGUCACAUUUGGGACAUGCUUCUUGAGGUAUGGUUAUACAAUGCCAUUGGAGCUGGUUAAUGAAUCGAGCUUGCCAGCAAAGUACAGGGUGCAGCCUCAGCCAGAGCCUAGCCAGACAUUGGCAGUGUACAUUCCGGACCCACUGUCUGGGAUCGUGGAACCGAAGUCCCAUUUCACAGUUUCUCUCACCCUCUCCACUGAAAGGUUGGGAGUGCUUCACAUUCCCCUCUAUGUACGCAUCACUGGAAGCGAAGGUGACCCUCUUGAAGUGAUCCUUGAAGUGGUUUCCAUUGGCCCCAUAAUUCGAAUUGAACGACCUCCACAGUUGACGGCCGUUGACGCCCGUACGGGAGCUGCAUUGAGCCCUGGACGGCCUCAAAGCGACGCACCACCGCCGGCGCCACGUGAGCGACCCAUGGCAAAGGCCAAACUAACCUCUUCUCCUUCUGAACCCACCACUGGUGGCAGUCCACGCAAUCAGCAACUAUCCCCUCCAUCAGAUGAAUCUGUCCCUCCUAUGGCUGCUGGCGUUGCAACGGCAGGUGGUGGUGGGUCGCUGGGAAGUUCUGGAGCGAGCCCAGGAAAACCACGAGCCAGCAGGAUGGUGUCAGCCCUUUCAAAGGCGGCGCCUCUAGAGUGGAAGCCUCAAGUCGAUUUUGGCAAGAUAACUGUGCUCGUGCUACACAGACGAUCAUUGGUCUUGCGAAACAUGGCAUGCAUUCCGGCAGAGUUCCGACUAUUUCUCUCCUCAAAGCAGUCAGUUUAUGAAGUCCUGCCGCGUCAAGGGGUCAUUGAGCCCUUCCAGACAAUGGAGCUCCAAAUAUCCGUCUUCCUGGAUGAGCUGUUUACCUUCAAGGAUUCUCUGAACAUAAUCAUAACAGAGGGGGCUGAGCAUGUUGUCCCGUUGAUAGCACGUGGCGUGGGGACCACCAUUGUCUGCGAUGAGUUUGAGACAGGAGGGGUACACUUUGGAAAUCAGUUCACUUCAUUCCCAUUUCAUCGUGAGAUACUUGUAUGGAACCUUGGUUCGCGGCCUCAGACACUUCAGUGGACUGCCAUCAAUCCCAGAGGAACAAUAAGCGGCGCCGUUGGGCCCUUGGCAGCAGGUACGCAUUCUCGGCCAGCAAGUGUGCACACAGCAAGAGCUGCUGGAGAGAAUGCACUUAACGUACCAGGUCCGCAGGCAGGCCAAGGCGCCUCAUCCCUACCGGCGUCCGUUGACCAACCUGGGGCCCGGGACCUACCUUUAACUGCAUGUAGCAAAGAAGGUGCAGCAGCUGUUGGGACUGGUAUCAACGUAAGAACGUCCACCAAGGUCGCCCCGAAAGUUGGCAACAAGGUGCCAAAGCUAAAAGCUGGCAGUGGCACUCACACGGCCCCUGGUACCAAACUGCCACAAGGUCCAAAGUCUCUUUCUUUGGGCGACAAAAGAGAACAAAAAUAUGGCAAGGGUUCGACAGAUGAUAAUGCAGAGAAAAGAGCAGCUGUAACAACAAGCAAUGGCGAGGUGAUCACAACUUUCAAUAUUUCUCCUACGAAGGCGCUGAUCAAUCCGCGCUCCUCUCACGUCUUCACGAUCACUGGUUUCUCUGAGAUCCCUGGGCUCCACUUUGAGAAGUUCAGUUGUCGAGCCACACUGGCGAACACAACGUACCUGCUGUACAACGUGGUGGUAGAUGCGGAUAUGGCCAUCCCCAUGCUGAAGCUUUCGUCCUCCACACUAUCCUAUCUGUACUUCUACCACCGAGAAACAGCACCACAGCCGUUGCCAAUGUCCCAAAAUCUGGAGGUGCAGAACAUUUCUGCACUUCCAUUGACACUUCACAUGCAGACCAAGCCACCCUUCUCGGUAACUGACCCGUCCUGGAGCUUGCAACCAGGAGAAGGAUGUGUGUCUAAGGUGGACUUUGACCCUGGGCCACAGAAAGAGCGUGUCACAAGCACCAUUCAAGGCCAGGUGGUAAUCACGCUCAGCAACAACCCUCACAGAUACAAUGCAGAUCUGGUUGCUGAGAUUAACUUCCCAAACCUCAAGCUCGAACCGCCAGCUGUGAUCUUUGGGCCAGUUCUGGAACACAGCUCAAAGCGGAUUUACGUCAGAGCAACGAACACCAGCAAGUUGGAUGUACACUACAGCUGGCUGUUUGUUGAGAACUCGGAUGACCCCACCUGCAGUGUGACUGUGACUUCCCCCAUAGACAGGUCACUGAUCCCCACCACAACCGCAGCAAUUGUCAACAGCCCCACAGUGUCAUCAUCAUCAGCAGCUGCAGCAGCAAUAGGAGGAGGAGGAGGAGGAGGAGGAGGAGUGGAAGUUGGGAGGUCGGAGGGCACUCUGACAGUGCCAGGGUUUCCAGGAGAUGGCAAAUCUGAGGAUGACCGUUCCCUGGUGACGGCUAAUGCACGAAACACGGUUCAUAAUGUACAGUCGAUAGAGGAGGAGAUCCCGGUGAACCAUGUCUUUGAUUUGAUCCCAAUUAGAGGAUGUCUCAAGCCUGGAGAGUCAGAGGUGAUGGAAUUCACAUACCAUGCCCUGGAAGGUUGUCGUGCUCGCACUCUUGCUGUGUGUGAAGUUGAAGGUGGGCCUGCAUAUGAAAUCCCUGUCCAAGCUGAGUCUGGAGCUAUUGAAUAUACGUGGGACAAACACCUACUGGAUUUUGGCCAUGUUCUCUUCAACAAGCCAAUCGAUACGGAUCUUUAUCUUGCAAACACUGGGAAGGUGAUAGGUUCAGCGAGUGAUUGGAUGCAAUCAUUCCUCGAACGGUUUAUCUAUUGUAAGAUCAGUUGGACAGGUAAGGGGAAUGGGUAGGUGACUUGCAAUGAUCGAUGUGAUCCUACAGUUAGAAUAUGUAGGUUGAUUAAACUUGCUUCCAAUUAUCAAAUCAAGAAAUUAAACACUA